AUGCCUCUAUAUAAUCCACCACCUGCAGAAAUUUAUCAGCCCAUGGAAGAUACUGUUGUCCCGCUAUUCUUCAAUUCCUACCUAUACCUACCCAAAGAUCCUCAUAUACGCAAUGGGUUCAUGGAAAUUUUGCCUGAGCUGUUUUCAAAUGCUAGGCCCGGCUCCCAUCUUCAUACGAGCACAUUAGCUGUUGCUUUCUUCACAUUAGCAGCUUGGACAGGACAGGAGCAGUUGCUCAAAGCCUCGCAACGAUAUUUUAUGGAGGCUUUGCCGAAGAUCAGAGUAGCAUUGCUGUCCAAUGAUGAUAACGAAUAUAAUGACAUUCUAAUGUCCAUUAUGAUGAUGUCCACUUAUGAGGAAUUCGUUGCAAUGAAAGACUGGGAAGCACCCAUGAAGGCCCACUUGAGAGGUGCCAUUGCACUUAUCAACAGCCGGAAGACUAAGGCAAUAGAAGGUCCUUCAUCAUCGACACUUCAUCAAGCUGUUCAAACUCAAAUUAUCAAAACUACCCGUGGUCUCGAGAUGCCAAUGGUCCCAACCCCAGAAGUCUGGCCACUAGCACAAACCAAAAGCGCCCCUUCUCCCCGUAUUUUCCUCUCGUUAGCUGCGUCGGAAAUAGUGACACUACGCCAAUUAUGGGAACAGAUGAGAUCAGAGCGACCAACCGAAUCCGAGGUCCUAUCCGUCCUCAACAAAGCAACACAAAUCGACACCAGCCUCGUAUCAUGGAAAUACUGGGUUCCAUCAAAUUGGAACCCCGUCGCAGCAAGCAUAAUCCCCCAGUCCGUCCGUGACGCCGGACUCUAUAAUAAUCUAUGCGACUGCUACGCGGACAUGUGGAUAGCUUCAACAUGGAACACCUACCGUGACUGCCGCAUACUAGUACAGAGCAUCAUGCUAAAAUGUCUUCGCCUCCUGCCACCAGAAGCUCAAAAUGGAAACAGAGUAGCUGCGGUUCAAUCAACAAUUCAAAAGCUUGCCGAUGAGAUCUGUGCCUCUGUACCGUUUUUUCUGGGUAGUCAGAUGGAAUCUGUGCAGAUGAAGUCGACCCUUGUUCAGUAUCCGUUCGCUGAAACGCGACCAGUCACAUCGACUCACAAGCAAUCUGCUCCCUUGAUGGGGGCUUGGCAGAUUUUUCCUUGUUUGCGGAAUCUUCAGCCAUCUGAUUUGGGGUUGCCAUCGAGGCAGGUUAAGUGGUUGGAGGAACAGAUGAACAGGGUGUUGGUCAUUUACUUCCAGAAAUGA